CCUGCCCUUUUAUGUGCCACCUGCUAUCAUUGCUCUGCUGCAUUCAUGGUUUGCUGCUCCUGUCAAACUGUUUCACAAUCGUUGACAUUACGUGCAAACAAUUUGAGUCGACUGAAAAUGCUUCUUCUUCUGAGUUGUUGGAUUAUUGCAGGGAUUACAACAGAAGUACCACCAAUGAGGCACUAUCGGGUGAAAAACAGCUCAUUAUGUUUACCAGUUGUAACAUCACCACCAUAUCAACAAGAUACGUGGUCUUUUAACAAGAACGUUAUUGUUUUAGAUAAAAACAUCACACCCAAUUACAAAGACAAAGUGUAUUAUAAUCCAGGAAACCAGUCCUUGUGUAUCAAAAAGAUCACUGAGACUGACCGUGGCAUCUAUACAUUUACAUUCAUUCAUUUAAUUAAUUCUACAUUCCAAACAUCAACUGAGACCCACAGACUAAUUGUUGAAGAAACUGUUCCCAGGCCUGUCAUUAGGCUGUCACGACUGCACUCUAACCUGUCUGCUGAAUUCUGCAACAUCGCAGUCAACUGCUCCAUCCGGGAUGACUGGGUGCGUUCAGUCUGUGAUAAUAACUGCAUAACAUCUCAGAGAUCCUUAUUCUGGAAGUUCAACAUCAUCAUCCUCACCGACGGCAGAUCUGUUGUCUGCAUUGGCAGCAACCACGUCAGCACAACAAAUGUUUCUGUAAGCAUAGAGGCAAUGUGCUUUGGAAAAUCUAAUCAUCCACCCACUGUAAUAUUUAUAGUUAUUGUAGUGUGUGUAGCCCUCUGUGCCUUUGCUUUCUGUGUGGCUAUGGGGUUCUUUUCAACACAAUAUUGUCACAAUCAGACAUCUACUGCUCAGAUGAUACAAAGCCAGCCAGCGGAGGCACAGCCAAACUCUGUGCCGAGAGUCUCCACCUCUUCUUCCAGUCAAGCUGAGGCCUCUUAUGAAAACGUGGCUGCCCCACAGCCCUGCCAGACCAGCAGCCCAACAGUCAGCCCAAGAGAGGAGUCUGAGCAAAGUCAGAAAGUAGAUACCUUCUACAGCGUUUUACACACUCCAAAGGUGACUUCCUCUCAAGGCGAGAGUGGAGAUACGAAAGGACACACGGACAUACAAGAGGCACCGACUUCACAGUAUGUCACACUGGAUGAGACGGAGCACCCUGCGCAAAUUGACACGGUGUACAGUGUGUUGCAAAAGCCAAAGAAAAUCUGAAGUCACAGCACCACCAACAGGUUGCUUCUGCUUCUGCUCGUGUCUGUACAGACUAGAGAUGCAACUUUCCUUGAGGAUUCAAAUAAGCCUAUGACCCUAAUCACAAAAUGUCUACAUUGUUCAUGUGUCGACAUACACGGAACAACAUACUGUACGUAAAGAGCUGGAAGAGGAGACACCAAUUUGUAGGUGAGGAUUUGUUAUUGAGGAUAUUUUGUUUGAAAUAGCCAGAAAUGACCACAUGGGGCUGACAUACUACCCUAAUUGAUGCCGACAUAACAAACUCCUUUUUAAAGUCUGGGACUGGGGCUGCUGUAGUUAUGUCUGAGGAAUCCCCUUUCCUAGCUUCUUGAAAUGUUCUGGAUUUUUUUUAUUUUAAUUUAGACUUUCAAGGUCAUUAUGUCUUUUUUCUUCUUCUUUUUUUGCGUAGCUGUUAGGCCCACUUCCUGUAUUUAACUGCUUUUCUGAGGCAAACUCUGCACUGUUGAGGCCAAUAACUGCGAACAUGUCUGUUGACUUCUGCCACUUCUCAAACCCACAUAGUGUGAAAUGAUGGAAAACAUGAGGAAAAGCUAAUGGAAAAUAAUACCAAAGUUUCAUAACAAAACGAGUCCUUUCAGAUGGGAUGACUCACAUUACCCAUCACAAUAAAGUGGCGUUAAAUGUGA